AGCUCGCCUUCUCGCUUUGCGAUCGACCGUAAGAGCGAUUUGAAGAGAUUCCGACUGAUCUGUUGCACAGCUUUGGGGAAAUGUCUUCGUUCGAUACGUACAGCGUUGACGGCGAGGAGGGGAACGCCGCUCCGCACCGUUCCUUCGGUGAGGACGACAACUUCUCCGGCUACGGGGGCUACACCGGAUUCACCGCCGGCGGUGAAGAUUACAGCAAUUCCGCCGGUGGAUUUCCCGCUGACGGCGAUGUGGCGGUGGACCACGUAGCCGCCUCGCCGGAGGUCUUCGGUUUCGAAGAUCCGAGCUCUGGUUACUCUCAGGCCCUGUACAAUGGAAAUGGGAGCGGAAGCGUCUUCGAAAGCGAUGGGGUUUUCACGACGGACGGGCCGGUGCUCCCUCCGCCGAGCGAGAUGGAGCCGGAGGAAGGAGCUGCGCUGCGCGAGUGGCGUCGUCAGAAUGCAAUUCUGCUCGAGGAGAAGGAGAAGAGGGAGAAGGAAUUGAGAAUUCAGAUUCUAGAAGAGGCUGAUGUGUACAUUCGUGAAUUCUAUGAGAAAAGGAAGCUGAAUGUUGAAUCCAACAAAACCAACAACAGGGAGAGAGAGAAGUUAUUUGUGGCCAAUCAAGAAAAGUUCCAUAAAGAGGCGGACAAGCAUUACUGGAAGGCAAUAGGCGAGCUAAUCCCGCAUGAGGUUCCCAACAUUGACAAGAAGCGAAGCAAGAAGGAACUGGAAAAGAAGCCUGGAAUCACAGUUGUACAGGGACCGAAGCCCGGAAAGCCCACCGACCUCUCUCGGAUGAGGCAAAUACUCGUGAAGAUCAAGCAUGCUCCUCCACCGCACAUGAUUCCUCCCCCUCCAGUGCCUGCAAAGGACGCAAAAGACAAGAAGGAUGGGAAGGAAAAUGAGAAGGCGGCGAAUGGCCCAGAGCAGCCUGCUAAAGAUGCUACAAAGGAGGACGCCCCAGUAGCCGCAGAGCAACCUGCAGAGAAGCCCGCCGAGGCGACGGAUGCUUGAUUCUGCUGCCUCAAGAGGUCUUCCUUUUAUUCUUUCCCCUCUUCUACGACUAAGUGCCGCCUACUGAAUUUGUUUCUCGUAUAUUUUGAUAGUACCUCUCCAGGUCACUUGUUUGUCUAUUGAUGAAUUUUUGUAAUGAUGUUGUAUGGUUUCUUUUACCCUUUUAUCAGGAGAUUCUGAUCUGAGUUCACACUGCUUUGCUCAUAUUUUCAUCCACUGCUGUUGUUACUGGUUCUUUUUAAGUAAAGUUACCUGAGGCUUGAAAUUUCA